AUGAAGAAAAAAAGCAAGUGGUACUGCAGCACGUGCCAGAGAUCAAAGCCAGCUUGAACUGAGAACAACCAACAUGAAUAAUUAACCUUUAAAGAUAAAAAUGCUAAAAGACUAAAAUUAUUAUAACAUUUUAUUAUUUUGUGCAACAUUAUUAUUAGGAUAAAUAGAUCUCAUUCUUUUUAACGUUUGCUCUUAAUGACUAGCAAAUCACAGUUAAGAAUAAAAAUAUUCUGAUCUUCAGGGUAUAUGUUUUACGUAUUCCUGUUCAGAUUGGAAAUUUCUGGCAAGAGUGUAUGGCCUUAACUCAGCAACUGGAAAGUAUUUCUGCAUAUGGUGCUCCCGUACAAAGGCAAAAAUCUGUGAUUUUUCAAGUAAGUUGUAAGGCCAAACAUACAAUAAUGCUUUAGAACUUUUUUUUGUUUUUUUUUCAUACCUGGUAAAUUGUCAUGCUAAAAUUGUGUUUAAGUUACUUUUAGUACAAGACUGGCCUAUUGAAAGGACUUUAGAACAGUGCGAGAGAAGCUGCUCUGGAAAGACAACUGAUUCAAGAAAAGGAUCAAUUCUCAAGCCACUGCUCUCAAUCCCUUUUGACCAAGUUAUCAUCGAUACUGCAUCUUUUUCUGAGGAUUAUGGGACUACUCUUCCAUCAGGUAAAUAUGCAUUUUAUACAAAAGAAUACAAUGAUUCUCUGUUUAUGUGGUUUAUAUGAACUGCUAGCAUUAAAUGAUUACAUGUAGGUAACUGCUGGUAAUAAUAUUCUUUUUGAAGAAAAAGGAAAAUGAUUAAAAGGUCAAUAGUGCCUUAAAGUGUCCACCUUGCGCUUGUGUUUCAACCUCAGUCAUGUUACUUUUCUUUUCUUGAGUUUGUGAUAAACAAGAAAAGAAAGGAGAUCCUGGAAGCAGAAAUUGACAAGAUUGGUGUUCCUUUCAAAUUUUAUGAAGUUCAGUGUGAUGAUGGACCAUCACAAACCCAAAGGACAAGACUAUAGAUGGUAAUUAUUAUUAUUAAGUUCAUUAUAUAAAAAGUAAAGUACCAAAUGCACAUUUCUUAAGGGUGUUGUUUUCAUUUUAGGAAAGGAUCUUCGAAAUAUACUAGACUUAAGGCCCAUCUUUGAAGGAAUUCCAGCUGAACGAAUGCUGACCUACAAGAAUGUUAAGAAGUUAUGGAAGGUACUGACUGAACACUCUUCUUUUAGCCAUUCUAUUUUUAUAAUACAGCUGUAUAGCAUAUCUCAUCAUCAGGACUGAUAGUAGUCUUUUCCAAUAGGGAUUUAGUGAACUUGUUAAAGCCUUGGUAGCACAACCUGAACAUGAGGACUAUAAGACACCAGAACUAUUCAAAGACUAAGCUAGAAAAUGGGCAAUGUUCUUUACAGUUGUUUUCUUUGAAAUAUACCUCUUACACAUUUUCUUUGUUAGAGUUGACAUUUACGUUAUCACUUUCUCAUAGUAAAGGAAAGUUUCCUAAUGAGAUAUUUUGUGAUUUCAUUUUAGGAUGUGACACCUUACAUACCGUAAUUAUUCGAAUAAGCGCCCAACCUCGAAUUAGUGCCCACCUCGAAUAAGUGCCCAUCCCAAAGGCAGAAAAAGUUAAUAAGCGCCCAUCCUUGAAUAAGCGCCCACUCCCUCCUCCCCCAAAUCAAACUCAAAUAAGCGCUCACCCCCAUUCCAGCCACUUUAAUGAAUAAAUUCUAAUAAGAGACUUCCCCAAGAACAGAGUUUUCUUCAGAGUAUUUUACAGAAACCUUGCUUUGUUACUUCUUCGCGUUUGAUUAUUAGCAUUUAUUGUUUUGUUGCAAAAUAAACAUACUUCACUUGCUGAAAAUGGUGAAAAUUUAAUAAGUGCCCAGCCUCGAAUAAGCGCCCAGGGCGGUCAAUCGAAUAAAUACAGUACAUGGUAAGUUUUCUGUCUUAUUACUCUUAUUACGUAUUAUUUUGCUAAUUAAGCAAGCAAUAGUAAUAGUAACUACAUAUUGGGUGACUUAAACAAGAAAAAUUAAUUUUAGUGGACAUCUUAAAAUGAUACAGUUAUUGAUGCCAUGGUGGACAUUUUAUUUCACAGCACCAGUUUACCAUGUUCCUCAGUUCCUGAAAAAAAGUGGAAGCAUUUCGCUCUUCAACUGCCAACCAGUGGAGAAAAAAAAUCACGAGCAGUUAAGGAUGUUUCACCGUGCAACAAAGAAGGGAGGUCGCAACUCAAGUUACACUACACAAGUCAUGGAAAAAGAGAACUGUAAGAUCUAUGCAAGAGUAAAUAGGCUUUCUAGAACAAAAAGAAGCUAUCAGAAAAAAGAACCGGAUUUAGAUGACUCACCAGGAAGCCUUAACAUGUACAGCCACCAAAAUCAAGAGGAAGGAUAG